UCUUGGUCUUGCGCGGUGCAUGUAGCUCGCCGAAUUACGAGCUUUUUGGGGUGGGUCGCUAAUCUGUCAUCUUUCUAUGUAGUGCUCAGAAUUGGUCGAAUUCCGGAAGUCAGCUUCGUGUCUGAUCAGGACUUGGCUCGUAAUUUCGCGUCGCAGACGAAGUUUGGGUGAGAACGGGUUGUGGGUUUUGUGUUUGUUUGUUUGUUUGUUUGUUUGUUUUUGUUUUGUUUUGUUUUGUUUUUUUUUCUGGGGUGUGGAUUGGCUUUAGACUAGGGUUUCGUUACAGAGUCGAGGGAAUUUUUCGUGGAUCGGUGUUGGUGGGUUUCUCGUAGUGGUGGGUUUUUUCGUGUGUAUUGUUUCAGGGUGUGUCUUGGUUGAUAGUUAUGAUGUCGCUGAGGUCGUAGUACCUUGAUGAAUUGGGGAAGACGCAAGUAGUGGUGGAGGAAGAGUAGGAUCACGAGAGUAUGGCUCAAAGCUCACAGCGUGGAGCGGGGUUGCAACGGAGAGAGGGAGUAAUGGCGGACAUUUCGCCCCCACCUGCAAGCCUGUUGUCUAAGGCGCUUGUCAAUUCGUUGGUGUCGUUGACGCAGCAGGUUGCUAGUUGCGACAGGCCCCAGGUUUGCCAGAAGCGGAAUGCAGCAAAUCUUGCACGCAGAAUCAGGCUCUUGUCCCCAUUGUUUGAGGAGAUACGUGAUACAAAUCCGCCGAUGCCUCCGUCUGCGCUAAUCGCAUUCCGGGACAUCUACCAUGUGAUGACGAAGACGAAGGAGUUGUUGGAUGAUUGCCGGGAAUCUAGUGUCUUCUUGUUGGUGUUUAGGAACAAAUCUACUUCGGAUAAGUUCCAUGAAAUUACGGGGGAUUUGGCCUCUGCUCUAGAAAUGCUACCGUUGGGUCUUCUUGAGAUCUCUGACGAAGUCCGAGAACAGGUGGAGCUGGUUAAGAUGCAGGUUCUUCGAGCAAAGCUUAUCGUGGAUGCAGCGGAGGGUGCUCUUGCGGAGGAGGUGAUCGAGCUUUUAGCCCAAUUCGAGAGAAAAGAGGAGCCUGACGCUACCCAACUUCAAAACCUGUUUGCGAGGUUGGAGUUAAAAAAUGCGAGAGACUGCGAGAAGGAGGUUCAGCGGCUGGAGUCAGAAUUGGAUUCCGUUGAUUACACUGACCAAACACUCGCUUCUGUGACUAAUCUUAUAGUAUUUGUACGUUACGGGAAGUGUGUCCUGUAUGGAGUGACGGAGAUGGAAGAUGGAUCUAUCGGACCACGACACUCAUCUGGCGAGGGUGAUGGUGAGGUUUCUUCGAGUGGAAGAAGUGAUGCAGUCGUUAAUCCUCCUGAUGAGUUUCGCUGCCCCAUCUCCCUCGACCUCAUGCGCGAUCCAGUAAUUGUUGCCACUGGACAAACGUAUGACCGCGUCUCAAUUUCAAAGUGGAUCGAGGCAGGUCACCCUACAUGCCCAAAGAGUGGGCAAAAGCUUGGGCAUGUGAAUUUGAUCCCUAACUAUGCACUUCGGAGCCUAAUCUCGCAAUGGUGUGAAGAUUACCAUAUUCCAUUUGACAAGCCUGAGAAUGGUUCUAAAGGCUUCGCAGGAAACAACCAGGGAGCGACCUCUAAGGCCGCCCUUGAAGCAACCAAAAUGACGGCGUCUUUUUUGGUUGGGAAGCUGGCCACAGGUUCUCCCGAGGUACAAAAACAGGUUGCAUACGAGUUGCGAUUGCUUGCUAAAUGUGGCACGGACAACAGAAUGUGUAUAGCGGAGGCAGGGGCAAUCCCUUACCUUGUGACACUCCUUUCUUCAAAGGAUCCGAAGGCACAAGAAAACGCUGUCACCGCGCUUCUUAACCUCUCAAUUUAUGACAACAACAAAUCGUUGAUAAUCGUUGCCGGUGCUCUAGACCCCAUCAUAGAAGUUCUUAGAUUCGGAGGAAGCAUGGAAUCGAGAGAAAAUGCUGCGGCAACACUUUUCUCCUUGUCUGUGGUGGAUGAGUACAAAAUCGUUAUUGGCAAGAGACCAGCUGCCAUUCCUGCCCUGGUGGCGCUUCUUAGGGAUGGUACGCCGAGGCGAGGGAAGAAAGAUGCAGCCUCUGCCCUCUUUAACCUUGCUGUGUAUCAUGGCAACAAGUCCUCUAUUGUAGAAUCCGGCGCUGUCACUAUCCUGGUUUCUCUCCUUGGUGAAGAAGAGAAUGGCAUCGCUGAUGAUGCAUUGAUGGUCUUAGCUCUCGUAGCAGGAUCAACCGAGGGUCUUACAGCCAUCGCAGAAGCGUCUGCGAUUCCGAUCUUAGUUAGGAUGCUUAGGGUGGGCACUCCCAAGGGCAGAGAGAAUGCAAUUGCUGUUUUACUGGCGCUCUGCAGGAAUGGGGGAGAACGAAUCAUUUCCGCCGUCAUGCAGGUCAACACUGCGGUUCCUUCAUUAUAUUCGCUGCUCACAAUGGGCACUCCACGGGCGAAGCGCAAAGCAAGCUCCCUACUGAAGCUUCUUCAUAAAAGGGAGCCGGUUGACCGUCAUCAUCCCCCGCAGAGUACCCACUUCUUAUCUUCUAGUCAUUUCAGGCAGGCAGCAACCAGGCAAUAAUCUGAUUUGUUUGGCAAAAUUAAUUAUCAGGAGAUACAAAAUUUGAGAGCGAAGAGUAAUAUCUUGGCCUUAUCUUACAGCAGUAUGUGUGCUGCCCUGUACGAUAUUAGCUCCUUGUACUUGCUACUUUUGGGGCUGUUGAUGGAGCACAUUCGCAAGGACGUUCGCUGACCAAACCCUCGUAAACUUUCAAUUUUAAUUUUUUUUUGUA